AUGCAAUAUUUAAAUUUGUUCAUACAACCAAUAUCAAACACAGUAGUAUUUCCAUACUCCAGUUUGUAACUCUAUGAUGUGGAUUGCUAUAUUCAAUUAUUACAUUCUCAAUACAUUGGAUUGGUUUCAUAAAUCAAUGGCAGCCAGCCUGAUGUUCAAACUAUCUCAUAAUAUAGUUAAUAUGGCACACUUGUGCACGUAACAACAAAGCAAGAUGAGUCAUCCAAUUUUUGCAAUGCCUUUGCAUUCGCCAGAUUUCGAAUAAAUUCGUUUUGCCAGCUUUCACCAUUCUUAAUAGCAAACGUUGAAAUACUGAAUGAUGAGAUCAAAGNCCAUAAAUUCAAUAAUAAGUAUUUAAUAAAGAAUUGAAGCCAUUUAAAUAUGAAUUAAUCAAUAAAAUAAAAGAUGAAUACAUAUUUGCUUUUGCGUUUAAUAAAGAAGCUACUCUCUUAGUGGCUGGCUACGAAUCAAGCAAAAUAAGAGUAUUUGAGUUUGAGCAAGGAUAAUUACGAUAAUUAUAGGAAUUGAGCAAUCAUAGUAAAAGAGUUCGAUGUGUAUACUUUUUGUAAAAAUCGCCUUCAUUUAUCUCUGGUAGCUAUGAUCGUUCGAUUAUUGUAUGGGAGGCCUCAGAAAAUAGAUAGUUCUAUUGUAAGUAACAACUUGAAGGUCAUACUGACGAUAUUAAUUGUUUGAUAAUUAAUAAUAAUGAGGAUUUGAUAAUAUCAGGUAGUGAUGACAAAACCAUUAGACUAUGGAGUAAAAAUGUGUAGUGGCAUUGUUCAUAGACAUUAACAUAUCAUAAUGGGAGUGUAUUCUGUAUCAGCAUGAAUGAAACUUAAAAUUAAUUCAUUUCUUGUGCUGCAGACAAUCUGAUUGUUGUAAGUCAAAAAGAUGUAAAUAGUUCUUUCUGGAAUAUUCUUUAAACUAUUAAAGUAGAAUGGGGUUUAAGAUUAUGCUUUAUUAGCAAUACUUAAUUUACAUAUCAACCUUAUAAUAAAAAGCAGAUGAUAAUUUAUGAACAAAGUAAAUUCAGCCAAUAAUUUGUUAAGCAAAAGGAAAUUGCUGUAAAGUCUGGAAAUGAUUGCUUUUGGUAUUUUCCUUAAAAAUAUAUUAAAUCGAAAUCACUGUUACUCAACAAAAAUGGAAGUAGUUUAAAUUUGAUUAAAAUUAAAGAGAAUGGAGAAUUUAUUUAAGAAUAAAUUAUCGAUUUUGAUGAUAAUUACAUUCAUGGAGCAAUUUCAGAUGAUGGAGAGUAUUUAAUCACCUGGGAUUGUAAAACCGAAGAAAUUCAAGUUAGGCAAUACAGCGAAUGA